CAGUAUAAAUAUCAUCUAUUGGUUUGGAACCAGAGAUAACCAAACACGAAAGAGAGAGACAAGCAAUAACCGGAGAUAACCGAAAGCAGGAGAGAGAGAGUGACAUGGCGGACAUAGCGAUUUUGGUGGCGGAGGAGUAUGAGCGGAGGGUGAGACAGACGGCGGAUUCGAGUUCGGCGUCGUUGGAAUUUGAUUGGUGGAAGAACGUUCCAGCGAAGUUGACUAUGUCUAUAGGAGUCAACGAGAAGAAGAUAGAGAGUCUGAUAAAGAAGUUUGAAGCUAAAUCUCAGUUCGCUCUUGCCAUCUCACAUGGCUUCUUCUCUGCUUAGAUUCCACUUUGUUCAUCAUAUCUAAUUUCCUUUCUGUUUUUAUUUUAUGUAUUUAUGAGUUUAUGUAAAUAAGUAAAUAUCUAAAUCAAUCAAAUGUAAUUUUCUGUUUA